AUGGAAAUAUAGGAUAAUAAUAUUCCUAAUCUCUAAAAUGUACCAAUAAUUAGUGGAGAACCAAUAUAAUCAGAGAAUUAAAUCAUAUUAACAAAAAUUAAUGCUGAUAUUGAAACAAAAAAACAUGUUUGCAUUCAUUGGUGUGUAUUUUUUGUAUUAGUCAUAAUAUUUGUAUUGACAUCUGUUUUUAUGCCAGAUUCAACUCAAAAAGCUUAAGUGGGUAAUCCUUGUGAUGAAAAUGAAGAAAAUGCUUUCGGAUAAGGAUCUUGGUUUGAAGAAAAUAAAUAAUAAUUGUAAAUGUAAAGAAUAAUUCUUUUAGCUGUAAUUAAAGUAGUGCAAAUUACAAAUUUUAUAGAAAAUUAGAAAAGAAGAAUCAAUUCUUAAUAGUAUAUGGAUAAUUUAAUUUCAUAAGUCCUAAAGGAUUUUAAAUAUCAUAUAUAAAUUAUACAGCAACAUUAUUUGGAUUAACUAAAGAACUAAGGGAAACAGGAAAUUUGACUGAAAAUUUUAUUGUAAGUAAAAAUCAUACAAUAACAACUACAUGUUAAACAGAUCUAAGUAAAUUAUAAGAAGAAAAACAAGUUAAUGAAUCUUCAAAUAGUGGAAAUAGAUUAUUAUAAAGAGAUGGUAAUCGUAAUGAUAAUCAUAAUGGUAAUCAUAAUCCUCCUCCUCCUCCAUAAAAUAAUUUUAAUGAUAAAUAUAAUGAUCCUCAAAUUUGUGAUUCAACUGUUUUAUUGUACAUUCCAAUAUUAGAUUAUCACGAUUAUUUGUUUGUAAUAAAUUUUUAAUAAUAAUAUGCACUACCUAAUUCUACUAAUAUUUAAUUAUAUUUAGAAGGAGUAACUGUUAAUCCAAAUUAUUCAAAUUCAGUAUUAGGCAUAAGAUAUACCUUUUUUGCAUUUUCAUUAAUUACUUUUUCUUUAUUUGUUCAUAGAAUUAGUAAAUUGGCAUUUUAAAAUUGGGUAAUAGAAUAAAAAUUUGUUACAGUUUUGAGUUUUCUUUUACCUUGGUUUAAUGAUCCUUUAUAUGCAAUAACCUUAUUGAUACCAAAUAGAAUAACUGCUGUAAUUGGAGUUAUUUUCUUUAGCAAUUUUAUUUGUUGUCUAUUUCUUUAUUGGCUUGUACUUUAUCAUAGAAUUGUAAUUGAGAAUGGAACAAAAAAUAGUACUGCUUUAACUAAAUGUAAGGUUAUAGUAUGUUUGCUUUUAUGGUUAUUUUUUGUUGUUUCCUAUUCUAUUUUAGUAAUCUAAUAUUUUAAAGAUCCAACUUCAAGUUUUGAUGAUUUACAUCACAGAGCAUAUAUGGCAUUUAAAGUACUUUCAUUUUUAUUUUCUUUUGCUAUUUUUAUAUACUUACUCAAAUAUUUGAUUUAAUUUUGUAGAUGUUAUGAAACUAGAUUAUGGCGUUAUAAAUUGAUAGGAUUAUUUAAUAUCUUUUAUAUGAUGUGUUUAGGAUUAUUUAUAUUAUCUGGAUCUUUUGAAAUAUAUAAUCUAACUGGAACUGAAGUACUUAUUUCUAUUAGUAUUUUAAAUCUAUAUAUCUAUUACUAAUAAUAUUUAUGGAGUCCUAGCAAAUAAGGAUUGAUGCAAUAGACAACUCUUGAUUAAAAUAUCAAUGUCAAUAAUAGUGAAUAUGAAGAAUUAGAAGUUGAUAAUAUCAAUAUAAAUUAAUAAAAUGUUGUAGACGAAAAAUUCUAAGUUGAAGAUGAUAAAGUAAUGAUGCAUCAAUGA